GUUAAUUAAUCAUGUCACCUUUGUCAUGCGCCGCCCCGCUUGACCUAGUUCCAAUAUAAUUCACCGUCCUGCAGUCGAUUGAUUUCUAUAUCUAGUACGAUCGAUCGCAUCUCGAUUAAUCUUCCCUGUCGAUAUAAUUCGAUCGAUCGAUUGUCAUGGAGAUCAUGACAGGUAGCAGUAGGAGUAACAACAACAAGCUGAUGAAGGAGGAGGAGGAGGAGGAGGAGGAGACGGCCGACGUCUCGAGUACGAUUUGCUGCUUUUUUUGUGCCAUGAAGGAGCGUAAUCCUUGCCGCCGGCGAUCGGCUCUCGCCGGCUUCUUCGAUAACAUGCCGCGCCGCGACGACGAGGCAGACGUUCUUGUACUCAGUGCUUUGUGGAACAUCGCCAUGACCCGGCCCGACGACCCCGAGCUGCCGUCCCUCGGGGCCCUCCGCUGCAUGUCGCUCCUCAUCGCCAAGGCCAUCGCGGACCCCGCGUGGCUCCGCUGCCACCAGAACGUUUAUAUCCCUUACUACGCCGCCCACGUCCUCGGCUCCUACACCAUCCGCCUCCCUGAGCUCGCUGCCCUCGCCGUCGACGCCGGCGCCGUGCAGCCGCUCCUCGACCUCCUCCGCGGGAGCAUCACCUGGGUCGAGCAGCGCGUCGCCGUCCGGGCACUCGGCCACCUGGCCAGCUACGACGUCACCUUCCCGGCCGUGGCGCGCCGCCGCGAGGAGGUGGUGGAGCUGGCCAUGCGUGCCGCCUCCACCUGCCUCGCGAGGGUGCACAGCGAGUUAGUGGCGGCGGAGCCUGGGGACCGGGUGGAGUACCACCGCGAUCUGCUGACGCGGGGGCUCGGGGGGCCGGAGGCGGAGGUCCGGCGAGCGGAGGAGUGGGCGAGCCAGCUCCAGUGCUGGUCGCUCUAUUUGCUCUGCUGCUUGGCGCACAGGGACACGCCGUGCAGGCACUUGAUCCUCCGCCGGGAAGCCGGAUUCGUGAGGGAGUUGAGCGGGAUGUGGGGAGGUCUGGCCAACGGCGACUCCCCUGCCGGAGUCGGGCUGAUGAGAAUACUCUGCCGCAGUGCAGAGGGGCGGGCGGCGGUGGCGCGAAGCGCGGAAGCGAUGGAGAGUUUGUGCAACCUCGCGAGGUCCUCCGACGACUGGCAGUACAUGGGCGUCGAUUGCCUCCUCUUGCUGCUGGACGACCGGAAGACUCGACGCGUGGCCUUGGAGAUCGCCGCCCCCUGUCUCGUCGAUUUGGCGGAGCUGGAAACCCUGGGCGCCAGGAAAAGAAUCGGAGACGCCAUAACGAAGACGCUGCUUCUGGAUUACGACGCGACGAAGAUGGCCGGAGAAACGGCGGCCCAGCGCGCCAUCAAGUUCCUGUGGGAACUAAAAGUGGAGAGGAAAAACAGAGAAUCGCGCAUGUCGGAAGAAGAGAUCGCAGCGCGGUCGCUGCUGAGCUCGUCGAGGAAGCGCCGAGGCAACGAGGAAUUCCGGUCCGGGAGCGUGGAGGCGGCGGUCAUCCGGUACGGCGAAGCGCUGGAGGUGUGCCCGGUGAGGAGCAGGAAGGAGAGGGUGGUGCUGUACAGCAACAGGGCGCAGUGCUGGGUGCUGAUGCGGGAGGCGGACGCCGCCAUCAGCGACGCCACUCGGGCGCUGGCGCUCGCUCGGCCGGCGAACCGGCACGCGAGGAGCCUGUGGCGGAGGGCGCAGGCGUACGACAUGAAGCACAUGGCGAAGGAGAGCUUGUUGGACACCAUCAUGUUCGUCAAUGUGCUGAUGACGGAGAAGAAGAAGAAAAAACAACAACAACAAUGGAGAUCGAAUUACGACUGCAACGCCAUUACCAUCCCUUACUACGCAGCUCGCAUGAUCAACAAGCAGAUGAACGCUGCCGGUCUCUUUGCUGGAUUAGCCGACGACGACACCAACAAGAAGAAGAAGACGAUGAACUGCCCUUCUCCUUCCCCUUCUCCUUCUUCCUCUACAUCAGAUCCUAUACCGGUCUCACGAAUAUGAAGAGAGAUAUAUAUAGGUACACAGACGUCAGACGCAUAAAGACUGAAGAGGCUUGCUCACCAUUGAAGAGGAAGCAUGGCUUGGUAGGAGAGGAAGCAUUAAGGGAAAAGGAGAUGAGUGCAUUGACAACAUAUUAAUAUAUAGUUGAAUGCAUGUAACUUUUUGGCGUAUUAAUGAAACUGAUCUUAAUAUUUGCAUCUAGGGUUUAAUCAUACAGUCAAAUAUUGGCUUCUUGUCAAUGAAUGAAGAAUUAAGUUAAGAAGAGUUGGUUGUCU